AAAGCUCUCCAAGUCUCCAACCCCCCCAUUGGAGUUUAUAGAAUGCAAUGAUUGAGCUCACGUACUGUGAUAGGAACAAAAAUUUAGUUCUCAGCUUGGAUGUGUCUCUCGCUUGAAAUGCCUUCAGUUCUGGAGCCUCGGUAAUUUGUUUUGUUGUGACAUUGUGCGGAAUGAGAUAGUCAUACACAGACAUAUUGCUUGCAAAGGUUGUGACAGUUUGUACCAGGUUUCUGCAGCUUUGGGUGAUAAAGCAGCCCUCGGUGAUAAAGUGAAGUGUACCCCAUCAAGUGUGGAAUUUCAACAACUCUGUGAAAUCGUAUUUGUUCAGCAAAAUAGCAAGACAAAUACUAGAAAAUGACAGUGACAACAAGACUAUGUUUGGUCGGCUAGCAGACACAGUUGCCACCGGAAAGUUUGUGUCUUAAGCUAAACCUUUACCGCAGCAAAAUGUUGACUUGCCUAACUGCGAUCUGCCAGCUUAGACAUUUUUAGUAAAUGUUUGCAACUUUCUUACUUUGACAAACCAAUUUUUUUUUUUUGUAUGAGAAUGACCCUCCUAUGUGGGUCUGUUUUUUCUGGCAGAAUUAAAAUGCGAUACUCAACUGGUACCAGGCUACUGCGUUCAAUUUCUAGUACAAGUCUGUACAAUAAACGUCUAAACAAUAGACAGUCAUUGUACAGACUGUCUAUACGAUAAAUGUUACUAUACCUUACCAAAGGGAUUUUGCAUUGUACUCUUUCAUUAUUAAGAAAUAAUGGUAUUAUGACAUUAUUUAAUUGUUAAAGUAACUUGGCUUAGUUACAACAUUGUCCUUGAACUGUGCUUGGAGAACAUAAAGUAUUUUUGUUUUCUCUCAAAUAAGCCAGAGCAGAGUCGGUGGCUGUAAUGUGAGUGGUCAUUUUUAAGUUUAAUGUUUAAAAUCACAUUCAUGGAAUUUCCAUCUCCAUGCCUAUUCUGCAGCCUUACAUCGGACCAAACCAACUGCCUCGAGACUCCCCGGGAAGUCAGGAUGAUGACUGCGAAGGGGGAUGUUCCCAAGGGUUGCCAGGGGUGCCGGGGAUGGUUGGUGCCAAGGGAGAAAAGGGAGACCAGGGCAGGCCUGGCGUAACUCCCUUGGACAGCUGUGACUUGUGUUUGGAGAGACUGCAGACGGAGCAGGCAACACAACCAAGGGGCGAUCAGCCUUGUGUGGGAACACCUGGAAUCCCAGGAAUGCCUGGAUCACCGGGAACAAAAGGAGAUCCAGGUCCAUCCGGAGAAAGAGGCCAAGCGGGAAUGCCCGGAAACAUG